AUGGGUAAAUUUCGAUCGAAAUUGAAACGCCAUGGCAAGGGUAAGACAUGGCGCAAAGGAGAGUCGGCCAAAUCCAACCCGGAGCAGAUGAAGCAUCGCCUCAAAGCAAAGUCGCGUUUCUUUCAGCCAAAUUUAAGUCUGGCCUCCGCUCCAGCACCAAACGGCCUCACAUUGGAGGCAGUGCACAAGCACGAACAGCGUCAGGCGUACAACGCGGAGACAACAACAGUUAACGAUGUGGCAGGCAGCUUAAUGAGCUUCACUCUGGACGACGACGAUGGCAUGUCCGGCACGGGCACACAGCCCACAGGAACAUUCAAGACCUUCAAGACAUUCGCCUCCAACUACAGCAGCUGCAGCAACGUGAGCUUUAAGAAGCUCCUCACCGGCUUCCGGGCCUCAUCCGCUCUGCACAAGGAAAUGCUGGCCAUACUGAGUGCCCUCACUGACGUUAUACGCGAGAAUGGCGGCAGUGAGUCUUCCACUGAGUACUUUCUGCUUCUUAUGGAGCAAAUCGAAGCCUCCACCGAGGAGCGGGACACCAUUGCCGGCAUCGCGCUGCUCUCCAUGGGCAUCAAGUCUGUCCCGGCUCCGGUACUGCGAAAACGUUUCAGCCAAACGGCCGCCACCGCUCAGAAGCUCCUUAAACGCUUCAUGGAAUCCACAAACCAAUCGGUUAUCCGUUAUCUUAUCGGAUGCAUGUCAGUGCUGUUGCGGGCCCAGGACUACGCCACUUGGACCUACAGCUCCACCACGCAGUACUUUGACGCUUUGCUCGCGUUCACAAUUCACGCCAAGCCGAAAAUACGCAAAGCUGCCCAGCACGCGGUUGUGGCAAUCAUACACGGCAGCUGCUUCAUGCUUCCCCAACCUGCGCCACCCACAGGGGGUCAAGAAGGUGAAGAGAAUACGGCAGUGGAAGAGGACCAGAAGCAGCAGCAGCCCAAAGUGAAUCACCAUCCAGCGAGCGGUCGUGUGACCAAGUUCUGUUUGGCCCAAUUUAAGCCCGAGGUGCUGGUCAACGCCCAGACGACGGUACUCCACACACUAGCCCUGCUCAAGGACACCUUGUCGGGGUUCCGCACAGAGGAGAUACGCGCGGUGUGCGAACACCUGCUGUCCAUUAUGACGGCAGCGAAUUUUCUGGUCCGCACCAAUUGCUUCCAGGCGCUGCAUGCCCUGUUUCUCACGCGCAGCGCCAACCUGAAUGCCACACUCUGUGCAAAGCUGUUGGCCGCCAUCCAUGAAUAUCGGCCGGAUCGCUCGGAUGUCCGUCAGACGCUUACAUGGAUCACGGUCCUUAAGGAGGGUCACCUGCAUUUGGCCACGUUGCGGUUAGACCUGUGCAUGCAAGCCCUGCCCCGCCUCUUCGAGGUGUGCACUACAGACCUGUGGCUCUCGGAGCGCACAGAGCUCGUCGUUGGCGUCUCCAACUGCAUCAAGGAACUGCUGCAGGACUGCGUGUCGCAUGCCUGCGCGGCGCCCGAAGACGCUCAGCGAAAUCGCCAGAGCGUGGCCCGAAUCAUUUCGGCACUUCACAAGGUUCUGAGUGCUCCGUUUGGAGAAAUCUCCAAAUACGUCAUCCUCAUCUUCUCCAUUGUUUUCGAGGCCUGUGGCAAGCACUUUGCCACUGAGCUAACGCCAUCGCUGCUGACCAUCGCCAAGCGGUACGACAGCCAAAGCAGCAUGCGGCUGCAGAUUGAGCACACCCUGAUCAGUGCCAUCAAGGCAUUGGGACCCGAGCUGGUCCUCACAGCUGUUCCCCUCGCCGAUGGGAGAGGGGGCAUGCAGCUGGAGCGUUCCUGGCUACUGCCACUCCUGCGCGAGGGGGCAAACGGAGCGAGCUUGCAGUUCUUCAAGGAGCACAUUGUGCCCCUAGCCACGGACUGCCAGGGCAAGUGGAAAGAGUUCGCCGUCGCCGAGAACACCUCAUCGUCCCACAUAUACGAGCUGCUGUGUUGCCAGCUGUGGGGCCUCUUCCCGGGCUUCUGCCGCCAGCCGCGGGAUCCCGAGUACCUACGCCAUCUGGCCCCCACCCUCGGCUCCGUGCUGCAGAAGAAUCCCGAGUUCCGAGCCCCCAUCUUUGAUGGUCUGCUGGAGCUGCUUGGCGACAGCCAGAGCGAGAGCUGUCACACGGCCAUCGGGCUGUACGCGAAGAACUUUCUGCCGCGUCUGUUCAACAUAUACUCCCAGAAGCCGACCGGCUCCUAUGAGGGUGAUCAGCGCAAGCGGGCCCUGGAAGUGAUUCGGCUGUACAUUGCCCGGGCUUCGGCCGAGGUGCAGGCGGAGCUCUUCGAGAGCGCCCAGAGCCAGUUGGCUCUCAGUGCCGUGGCCAGCUUUGAGUAUGACGCAAUGUUCGACAUUAACGCGGCCAUUGUCCGGGUGCAGAAGUGCCGCGGCAUCGAAUCAUACUUUGAGAAGUACAUGGCUCCGGUGCUGCGCAACGACAAGUCGAAGCUGGUCUCCCGUGACGAGCAGAAGCUCAAGAAGCAGCAGCGCAAGACCUACGAGCUUCUUCGCGAGCUGAUGACCUCGGAGCAGGUGUCGUGCCAGAAGUUUACGCGCAAGAACUGCAAUUCGCUGCAGCAGUUGCUCCUGGAGGCCUUCGCCACCAGCUGCAGUGUGUGCCAGGCAUCGCGACUGUACUGCCUGAAAUCGCUGCUGGAAUGCCGUAGCAAUCUCACGCACACGGACCAGCUCGUCAUGAAGGCCAUCCCAGAGGCAGUGCUCAACUACAAGGAGUUCUCCACGCGCAAAGAGCAGGUGGCCGAGCAGCUGAUCAAAUUCAUUGCCCAACUGUACCAGGAUGCAGGAAAAAUCAAUGAUUUCAUGGACAUCCUUACAGCGGGCUUCGCCGGGGACGAGUCCCUAGUCACGAACACAAUCCUCGCCUUCAGGGCAGUGCUGCAGCAGCAGGGCCAGCACCUGACGGUGGCCACCCUCGAGUUCAUACUGCAGCAGGUGUCGGUGUUCCUGGUGCAAAAGUCCCGCAAUCAGUCGGAGGCCGCUGUCGCCUUCCUCAUAACAUUCAUCAAGGUUAUGCCCAUCCCGCUAGUGGCCAACCAUCUGGAAACGAUUAUGCGCUCCCUGUCGGCCAUGACAAAAGAUACGAAGCGGUAUUGCCGCAUUCAGAUCGGCUACUUCCUCAAGAAGCUGUGCAAGCGCUUCAGCACCGACGAGCUGGCCAGCUAUGUGCCCGGCGACGACGAAGUCACCCAUCGUCGCCUCAAGAAGAUCCGCAAGCAGAUGCGCCGCGACACACGCAAGAAGCAGAGCGAGGAGGCGGCCGCUCAAGCGGACAGCUCCGACGAGGAGCUCGUCGGAGGACUGGAGCAGAAGAGCUAUACCAUUGAUGACAUUUUGGCUGAUUCGGACUCGGAUCUGCCUGAAGAUAUGGAUGCAGAGGAAGAGGGAGCAGCCGCUGUCGUUGGCAAGCGACGCAUCAAGUCCAAGCAGCAGCAGCAGCAGCAGCGCAGCACCUACAUCCGCGAGGAUCCCGACGAGAUAGUCGAUUUAGCCGAUCUUAAGUCCAUUGGCAACGUGCUAACCAGCGGAUCCGCCCAAACAGAUGGCCACAGCAAGAGCCUUAAGGCCAGGCCCCAGCUGGCCAAUGGGGGCUUCAAGACUGCCGACGACGGACGUCUUAUUAUCAGUGACAAGGCUCUACGCGGCCAAGGAGGAAAGGAUUGCGAUGAAGACUCGGAUUCGGACUCCUCCAUGGACAGCGAUCACGAGCAAUUAGGUGGCAAGGCCAAGCGCGGCAUGGAGGAGGACUCUAGCGACGAGGAGCAGCUACAGCAGGAACAACUGUUCAGUGGCAAGCGCAAACGCAAGGCCAGCGAUGCCCUAAGCACGCGUUCCGCCAAGACCAGCACCAGCACUCGAUACACGGCCGGCGGCAAAGGUAUUCAUCGUCCAUUGGGCACCGGCAACGGUGCUCCUCCCCCGGGGGCGGAUGCCAUGUCCAUGCGCUCGGGCAAAGCUGCCGGCAAGCCAGCCGGCAGCGAGUACAGCAGCAAAAAGGCCAAGGGCGACAUGAAGAAGCGAGGCCAGCUGGAUCCGUAUGCCUAUAUACCUCUGACCAGGAAUACUCUGAACAAGCGGAAACGUUCAAUGAACUCGCGCAAUUUUAAGAAUGUUUUGCGUGGAGCUGGUGCCGAGGUCGGCGGUGCCAGUGGCGGCCGAGUAGGCAAGAGGUACAAGUAGAGCAAAACACGGCAGUAACUGGAUCGUAAAGAUACUAUAUAGAUAGUGCCAGUAUAGGGCAGCACGGGCUGAUAAUAAGGCUAAUAUGAUGAAAAAGAUUUCGCUUGUUAAUUUGCUUAAAUAUCUAAAUAUAUACACUCGUAUGAUCUUUA